AUGGUUACAGCCGAUAUCCCAAAAUCCGUCAUACAAAAGUUGAUGAUUUUCACAGCACUAAUGAUAAUAGUGCCGCUUGUUACGUUCUUUACAGUACAAUAUUUCACACCCAAUAGUAUAAUAAGUGGUGGAUUGAGUGCGUUAUCAGCAAAUAUUGUUUUAAUUGGGUAUAUUGUUGUUGCAUUCACUGAAGAUACAUCAUCACUACAAUACGAAUCGGAAAAGGAAAAAAAGGUUGAUUAA